AAAAUUUUGGUAUUUAGGGAUUUCAAUUGAAUUAGUGCUUGUUAUCUGUUACUUUUCUUCUGUGGUUGAAUCUGUGAAAUCCAUUUUUCGUGAGCUCUAAAUUUGUGAUUUAAUCUACUAAUUGGCUUAGUUUUGAGCUCUGUAAUAUCCAUUUUUGAGAAAAAAUCAUUCAAUUUCGUAAUAUCAAUUGUUUCGGUUGAUCAAUAGAGAGAAGAAGGAGAAUGAGUGAAUUGACGGCGGAGGGCAGAGCUGUACUGAUUGAAGGAGUUGGUUUGAUACUUUGGCGAUGGACUGCUAUGCGAGCCGCUGUCGAAAACGGUUGGGGCGGCCGAGACUCUCAAGCGAAAGCUGAUGGCACUGUUUCCACUGUUUUCAAAUUUUUAAUCCAAUCACAAGAUCCAGCAAAGGACAUUGAAACAUUAGGUGACAUUUUAGAUAAAGGUCUUGAUGAGCUUAAUACUACGGCUGAAGAUGGAAGCGUCGAUGAGGUGGCAAACACUCUAAUAGAUUUGUAUGAAGAUUGCUGUAACCAUAACUAUGAAAUGCUUGAGGAACUAAGGGCAACUAGAUCUCAGGCGACUGCAAGUGUUGUCAAGGUUUCAAAUGGUAACGAUGAGGAAAGCGAUGAUGAAGAUGAGGACAAUGAUCAAACCACAGACAUGAUGGUGGAGGCAUCUAACCAGAAACCAGAAGUCAUGCCGGUUGAUGAACCAGCAGCCGAUGAUGGUUGGACGGUUGUUUCGUCUAGAAAAAACAAGGGAAAGAGGAAUUAACAGGUUUUGAUUCCCAAGGUGUUGUGUAAUUUUUAACAGUUUUGUUUAUUUUGAUAAUAUUAAGAUAGUAUGACUUGUGUACCGUCGUCACUUUAUAAAUUAAAAUCAGAAGA